UUGGUUCAUCCCAAUCCAUCUGCACUGCUAUAUAAGACUUCCAGCACGCUGGAGAAAUUCAUCUCUCCUUUUACAGGCAAGGGCGUUGCAGCUGAGAACAACCAUGGGGUGGAAAAUACUUCCCGUCUGCUUGUCGCUGCUGCUUCCUGUUUUCUUGAUUCAGCAAGUUUCAUCUCAAGAUUUAUCAAGCUGUGCAGGGAGAUGUGGGGAAGGGUAUUCUAGAGAUGCCACCUGCAACUGUGAUUAUAACUGUCAACACUACAUGGAGUGCUGUCCUGAUUUCAAGAGAGUCUGCACUACAGAGCUAUCCUGCAAAGGACGCUGCUUCGAGUCCUUCGCACGAGGAAGGGAGUGUGACUGUGACUCCCAGUGUAAGCAGUUUGGCAAGUGCUGUCCAGAUUAUGCCAGCUUCUGUGAGGAAGUGCAUAAUCCCACAUCACCACCUCCAAAGACUGCACCUCCGCCUCCAGGAGCAUCUCACACCAUCAAAUCAACCACCAAACGCUCACCCAAAUCACCAAAAAGGAAGACUAAGAAAGUUGUAGAAUCUGAGGAGAUAACAGAAGUAAAAGAUAACAAGAAAAACACCCCUAAAAAGAAACCUAAUCCAGAGCCACCGGUGGUAGAUGAAGCUGGAAGCGGACUGGACAACGGGGAGCCCAGGCUCACCCCACCUCCGGACCCUCCUACUACUCCACACAUCAAAGUCACCACAGCUCCCAAGACUACAGCUGCAAAACCAGUAACUCCUAAACCCAGCAUUCCACCUAAUUCUGAGACCUCUAAAGAGGCAUCUUCAGCUUCCAAUAAAGAGACAACAGUUGAAACAAAGGAGACUACUGAAACAAAUAAACAGUCUUCCACCAGUAAAAAAGAGAAGACUACUUCAGCUAAGGAGACACGGAGUGCAGAGAAAACAUCUGCUAAAGAUGCUGAACCCACAUCUGCAACUCCCAAGAACUCAGCUCCCACUACUACCAAGAAGCCUGAACCUACCACCAAGGAGCCAGCUCCCACCACCCCCAAGGAGCCAGCUCCCACCCCCAAGGAGCCAGAAUCCACCACCCCCAAGGAGCCUGAACCCACCACUCCCAAGGAGCCAGCUCCCACCACCAAGAAACCUGAACCCACAACUCCCAAGGAGCCAGCUCCCACCACCAAGAAACCUGAAUCCACAACUCCCAAGGAGCCAGCUCCCACCACCCCCAAGGAGCCUGAACCCAUCACUCCCAAGGAGCCAGCUCCCACCACCAAGAAACCUGAACCCACAACUCCCAAGGAGCCAGCUCCCACCACCAAGAAACCUGAAUCCACAACUCCCAAGGAACCAGCUCCCACCACCCCCAAGGAGCCUGAACUCACCACCCCCAAGGAGCCUGAACCCACCCCCCCCAAGGAGCCUGAACCCACCACCCCCAAGGAGCCUGAACCCACCCCCAAGGAGCCUGAACCCACCACCCCCAAGGAGCCUGAACCCACCACCCCCAAGGAGCCUGAACCCACCACCCCCAAGGAGCCUGAACCCACUACCCCCAAGGAGCCUGAACCCACCACUCCCAAGGAACCUGAACCCACCACCCCCAAGGAGCCUGAACCCACCACUCCCAAGGAGCCUGAACCCACCCCCAAGGAGCCUGAACCCACCACCCCCAAGGAGCCUGAACCCACCCCCAAGGAACCUGAACCCACCACCCCCAAGGAGACUGAACCCACCACCCCCAAGGAGCCUGAACCCACCACCCCCAAGGAGCCUGAACCCACCACCCCCAAGGAGCCUGAACCCACCACCCCCAAGGAGCCUGAACCUACCACCCCCAAGGAACCAGCUCCCACAACCAAGGAUCCAGCUCCCACCACCCCCAAGGAACCUGAACCCACCACCCCUAAAGAGCCAGCACCUACCACCCCCAAGGAGCCGGAACCCACCCUCCCUGAGGAGCUUGAACCUACUACUCCCAAGAUCCCUGAUGAAGUAACAGCUGAGGUUGCAGAGGCACCCACACCAAAGGCUCUUGAAAAUAAUCCCAAGGAGCCCGCUGUACCACCAACUGAGACUCCUGAGGUAAACAAACCUGAAAUGACAACUGCUAAAGAGAAGACAACAGAAAAAGACACAACCCAAGCUACAACGGUCGCCCCUAAGAGGACAACAGAGACAACAAUCAUACCAGAAGAGACUACUGAAACAAAAGCAAGUACCACCACUCAAAUAACAUCUACAACUCAAGAUACCACAUCACCCAAAAUCACUACUCUGAAAGCAACAACUCUUGCACCCAAAGUAACUGCUCCAGCAGAAGAGAUUCAGAACGAACCUGAAGAAACAACUCCUGCACCUGAUUCUGAUGAUUCUAAGACAACUCUAAAGCCACGGAAACCAACCAAAGCACCCAAGCCCGCCUCUACCAAAAAGCCAACCAAAGCACCCAAGAAGGCCACCUCUACCAAAAAGCCAAAGACAACAAGAGUGAAAAAACCAAAAACUACACCAUCUCCUCCAAAGACGACCUCAACAACACCAGAACUGAAUACCACCCCUCUAGAAGUCACACUGCCAACCACCAUGGUCCCUAAACAAACUCCAAACUCUGAAACAGCUGAAGUCAAUCCCAAUCAUGAAGAUGCAGAUGGAGGUGAAGGAGAAAAGCCUCUGGUCCCCAGGCCCCCUGUGCUAUUCCCCAGGCCCCCUGUGCUAUUCCCCAGUGCUAUCCCAGGCACUGAUCGCUUGGCUGGGGCACUCAAUCAAGGCAUUCACAUCAAUCCCAUGCUUUCAGAUGAGACCAAUUUAUGCAAUGGCAAGCCAGUGGAUGGAUUGACUACUCUGCGCAAUGGGACACUAGUUGCAUUUCGAGGUCAUUAUUUCUGGAUGCUGAAUCCGUUCAGACCACCAUCUCCACCACGCAGGAUUACUGAAGUCUGGGGUAUUCCCUCUCCUAUUGACACUGUUUUUACUAGAUGCAACUGCGAAGGAAAGACUUUCUUCUUUAAGGAUUCUCAGUACUGGCGCUUCACUAACGACGUAGCAGAUGCUGGGUAUCCUAAACAGAUUGUCAAAGGCUUUGGAGGACUAACAGGGAAGGUAGUGGCUGCUCUUUCCAUAGCCAAGUACAAGGACAGGCCUGAAUCUGUGUACUUCUUCAAGAGAGGUGGCAACAUUCAGCAGUACACUUACAAACAGGAGCCCGUGAGGAAGUGCACAGGGAGGCGGCCUGCCGUCAGCUACUCAGUGUAUGGGGAGGCGGCUCAGGUGAGAAGGCGCCGCUUUGAGCGUGCUGUUGGACCUCUCCAGACACACACCUUCAGGAUCCAUUACUCGGUACCCAGAGUCUCUUAUCAAGACAAAGGUUUCCUCCACAAUGAAGUCAAAGUGAGCACCAUGUGGAGAGGGUUUCCAAAUGUUGUUACUUCAGUGAUAACACUGCCUAACAUUAGGAAACCUGACGGCUAUGACUACUACGCCUUUUCCAAAGAUCAAUACUAUAACAUUGAUGUGCCUACUAGAACAGCAAGAGCAGUUACCACUCGUUCAGGGCAGACCCUCUCCAAAAUCUGGUACAACUGUCCUUGAACUGACUGGCAAAGAAGAGUCAUCAAAAUGAAAUGAAGAAAACAGUGAUACCUUAUGACAUUGAAAUACAUUUUAUUAAUAAAGAAUGUUGAAAUGA